GUUUGACUUCCAAUACGGUGGCUGUUUAUUACUGUGGUCUGUGAAUAAGUAUAAUACUAUCAAACAUGUCUGUUUAUAGACAAGCUAUUAGCUCAAUAAUAGUAUGUUGCCAGAUGCUGUCAUUGAGUAUGCUGUACGUAUGGCCGUCUUCAACGAUCAUGGCCUUUGCUUCUAAAGACACGCCAUUGGACCGCCCAAUGACGGAUAUGGAACUUAAUUUCUUUGGCAGUCUCUUUCCAAUAAUGUCCUUUGUGGCUACGCCUCUGCCUGCGUAUUUGAUCGAUGUCUUUGGAAGAAAAAAGUCAUGUUUACUUUUGGCUUUUCCUCAAGUGAUCGCAUGGACUUUGAUAUCUUUUUGCAAUAAGGUGGAAAUAAUAUUAACAGCAGCCUGUAUUGGAGGCAUAGCAGGAUGCCAGCUAGUGAUAGUGCCGUUGUACAUAGUAGAAAUCAGCCAAGAGAACAUCCGAGGGACUCUAACGGCCGGUACCACUGUGCUAUGUUGUGUGGGGAACGCUCUCUCCUACGGCCUUGGAGGACUCCUGACAUUCCGUGUCAUGAACUAUGUGUCUCUAACAAUUGUCACAGUAGCUUUCAUACUUCUUACGUUUGUGAAGGAAUCGCCAACCUUUUUGAUGAAGAAGAAUCGAGAAAAGGAAGCGGCAAAAUCAAUUGCUUACUACAGAUCGGCCAACGUUAAUGACAAAGAUGUUAUAAAUGAAAUCAACAUAUUGAGAAAUUUUCUUAAUUCUACGUUAGAUGACUCUCCGGAAGAAGAAAAGUUGAAGGCUGAUAGCAUUACGAAGAAAAAAAUAUCGACACUGCAAUUUAUAAGAAAAUCGAGAUCGACUAGGCGUGGACUAUUUCUGAUACUGUCUAUAUUAUUCUUGACUACAAUCCAAGGCAUGCCAAUUGUUCUGGUUUACUCCAAGCCUAUAUUCCACGAGGCAAUGCCAAGUAUAUCCGCCAGCACCAUUUCCAUAUUGAUAGCCAUGGUCAACCUUGUAUCCGGCCUGUUUUCUGCCUACAUGUUGGAUGUUGUUGGACGACGGGUGAUCUUCAUGUACUCGGCCGUGGUCUCGUGCAUCAGCAGUAUCGCUCUUGGAACCCAAAUGGUGUUCCACUUCGCUCCGAGCUGGACGAUCGUAGUGUACAUGAUGGUAUACUGCAUCUCUUACACCAUCGGAUCCGGGACCGUGCCAUUUGUGCUGAUGGCAGAGUUAUUCCUACCUGAGGUAAAAGGUAUUUUGACCGUAGUUGCGCUAGAAUGGCUAUGGACUUGCACAUUCUUCACUCUGUUCCUGUUUAAUCCUAUAGUGAAACUACUGGGUGUGGCCAUACUAUACUAUUUCUUUGCCUUCGCUAGUUUGGCUACUUUUGUAUUCUCUUACUUCUAUCUAAUAGAAACUAAAGGGCUACCUGUAAAUGUUAUUCAAACUCUGCUAAUAAAGAAAUAAAAGUGAA